AUGGCUCCUGAUCAUAGCCAAUGGAAGCUCAACCAUACCAUGCUGAGGGUGAAAGACCCCAAGAAGUCGGUAGACUUCUACAAACUACUGGGAAUGUCGCAGGUCAAUAAGAUGGACUUUCCAGACAAUAAGUUCUGCUUGUACUUCUUGGCUUAUGACGGUCCUGACUCGGCCUCGACAGGCGCACACUGGACCGAUAGAGAAGGUGUUAUUGAACUAACUCACAACUAUGGAUCGGAAAACGAUGAUUCGUUCGUUAUCAACAACGGUAACAAAGAUCCAGGCAAAGGCUUCGGCCACGUCUGUGUGAGUGUAGACAAUAUCCAGGCUGCGUGCAAGCGCAUCGAAGACGCGGGUUACAAGUUCCAGAAGAAACUCACAGAUGGGCGCAUGAAGAGCAUAGCUUUCGCACUAGACCCAGACAACUACUGGGUCGAGAUUAUUGGACAAAAGCCAGUCGACGAAACCAAAGAUGUCACCAGCACAGAAACCUCCGCCUACCGCAUGAACCACACCAUGAUCCGAGUCAAGGACAAUGAAAAGUCCCUCAAAUUCUACCAGGACGUUUUCGGCAUGAAGCUCAUGCGGACGAGUGAACAGAAAGAGGCAGGCUUCACAUUAUACUUCCUGGGAUAUCCUGGUAGCUACAAGAUCGAUGAUAACUCUUCAAAUGGUGUCAACCCGUUAGCUGGUAAAGAAGGUCUACUCGAGCUGACCUGGAAUCAUGGAACAGAGAAAGAGUCUGGACAAGUCUAUCACAACGGCAACGAUGAGCCGCAAGGAUUCGGCCAUAUUUGCGUCUCUGUUGACAACUUGGACGAAGCCUGCAAGUUCAUGGACGAGAAGGGUGUGGACUGGAAGAAGAGGCUGACCGAUGGCCGUAUGAAGAACGUCGCAUUUGUGCUAGAUCCAGACAACUACUGGAUCGAGGUUAUCCAGAACGAGAGAAUCAAGAAGAGCUCGGACUGGUAG